UCGGUCUCUAAACAGAGUGCUUGUGUUUCCCGAAUCAUUUCUACAACACUCUGUCAAUCAGUAAAGUGGUCAGACAGGAAAUCUCAUUAAAGGGGAACACAACUCCAACAAAGCAGCAUAAUGACACACACAAGGACUAAUGAUGACAUGCAGUACACUUUCUCUGUCAGCUCCAAAAAGCAGCUAAUGGAACAAUUCCACAAUGAACAGAAGGAGGCUUAUGCAAUAACACAACCACUGCUUGACACUGAGGCUGGAUUUAUAAAGAAUCUAGAGCACUACCUAAAUCACAGAGAUACAUUAGCCCUGAAGAAGCGUGAGCUGCUCCAUAAACGCUGGACAGAGUGUGUGUGGCUGCCUGUACAGAGGAGCAUCGCACAACACUUUACACUGCACGGCUACAAUGAGUCAAAGAACAUGAGGAGCAUGCACACACACUAUAUCAACUAUUGUAAUACAAAGGGCUUUGUGUUUUUAGAGACCUACGAUCCUUCAGAGUACAACCCAUUCCUACAUCAUUUCAACAGACCACAGAAUCACAAAGUUUUAACUCCACCGUUGCAGGAUCCACUAUCUCUUCAAUCUCAAGACAUGAUUAAGGAAAAAAUGGCAAUACUUCGCUGCCAAACAGGCUGUUUAUAUCAUCAUCGGUGGAUGGAUGAAUGUUGUCAGAGUUUACCUGUUUCUCAGCAUAGUCCUACAAAGCCACAUGCCAAACCCUCCAGAGACACUGGGUCAGAACGACUUUGGGGAGACAACAGUCGUUGGUGAUCAAGGAGACAAGGAGCUCCAUGUGUGUCUACGGCAGAUGGACAGUGCUUUCAGCCUCAAUGCUGGUCUUCUCAAAAUUCAUCACGUCAUGUUCUGUUCUUCAUCUGAAGAUUCAAUUCAAUUCAAUUCAAGUUUAUUUAUAUAGCGCUUUUCACAAUGUGCAUUGUUUCAAAGCAGCUUUACAGGGGCAAACAGGAAAAACAGAUAAGUUAGAACACAGCACAGCGCAUG